AUGACCACCAGCAAUGGUUUCCUACGCCAUUUUUGCCGGCGGCUUUUGAACCGCCGACAAACUGCCGGUGUUUUUGAAAACCACCAGUUUACCAGUAGCCUGGUUGGUAUUUUUGAAAGGAUAAUGAUGAAUGCUGAUUUAUCAGCUGCCCCUUGGACGAUUGUUAACCUCACCAAAUUCUUUUUUUUUUUGGUCUCAGGUUCAAGUGAGUUAUCCUCUUCCUCGGUGACUCUCAUAAGUGGGUUUCUUGCGGUCAUAUCAGUGAACGUUGUCAUCGUAAUAUACAUAGUCUUGGCCAUGAAAGAGCCUGCAAAUCUCCAGCACCAGCCAGACCCAUCCUUCUUAGCUGCUGCGAAGGCCAGCAUUAACCAACCGAUGUCUUCAGCAAGCAACAGCGAGGAUGCUGUAAUUCGUCAGAAAACAGACUGAUGAGCAUUCUGAUGCUUCUUCUUUUUUUAAUGUAAAAUUGGGAACUUUAAGAUGAAGGGUCUGUUUGAUAUGGCAAUUAAUGCAACAAUAAGGUUGUAUUUGGGGCAGUUUUUUAUUGCUUUCUAAACAAUUUUUUGAACUAAAAAUUUGUAUUAGAAAAAUGCAUUUAAAAGUAGUAAGAAAGUU